AUGAAACAAAUCCUCCCAGAAUUGUGGAUUGAAAUCUUUGUGAAUCUUUUUGAUGGUUUUAAUGAGCAGUGGCAAUUUUCAAGUAUGGCAAACUGUGCGUUGGUUUGCAAGGAAUGGCACAAGAUGUUAAAUUGGAAAAUUGAAGCAACUCAAGGUACAAACUUGAACUUGUUGAAAAUACUUGCUAAUAAGCACUCCAUUUCCAUUCUACAUGAUCCACCCACUGAUAACUUGACCGAGAAGAUGGACAUGAAAAGAUUGUUUGCUCAAAAUAUCUUGCCGUAUGAAUGUCCAAAAGAUUUUGAAUUAGUUUCAUAUAAUGGAAUGACUGGUCUCAAUUAUGUCAGUGGGGGAAUAGCAAGAAUAUUCAAAAUGAGUUUCAAUACCAAUGUAUUUGGAAUUCACUUUUUGAGAAGAAUGAUCAAACAUGAUGAGAAAAUUAGAGAAUUAUUUUCAGCUUUGAUGAAGGAAAUAAUUACCAUUGUAGCCGGUUCGGUUCCUAUUAGUUACUUAAAAACUUACGAAUAUCAGAACAUUUCCAUAGAUUGUAAUAUUAAGGAACGGUUUGAGUAUUUUACAAGUUGUGAAAGAGAAUCAUUCUAUCCACAAAUGUAUGUAGGCAGAUCAUUUGAGGAUGUCAAGCAGGAAUUUGACAACAACUUGUUUGACUUUUUGAAAAAAGUGAUUGGAGGAGAGGAAUGUGUUGAAGAAAUCUCCAACCUUGAAGAAUUUCUAGCUUUCAUUAAGAAAGAAUGUCCAAUUGUUACUGAAUAUAAAAGUUGUUUGAUUGGAAUUCUUGGGUCAUUGGCUGUAGUAUUUGUUACCAAUAGUGGAAAAUGCAUCUUUUUUGAAUACUCAGCAGAUGAUUAA